CAGAGAAUGAAAUCAGUAGUGCCUAUUUUAGACCUGCUUGAAAGAAUAUAACUCAAUACAGUGUCUUACUCUUCUUGCUGGUUAGAGGUUUUGCAGACUGCCAUCUCCACCUGAACUCUGAAGGAUGGAUUUAACCACCACCAUGUCGAGCAAAAGGGCAAAGACCAAGACCACCAAGAAGCGCCCUCAGCGCGCAACAUCCAACGUGUUUGCCAUGUUUGACCAGUCACAGAUUCAGGAGUUCAAAGAGGCCUUCAACAUGAUUGAUCAGAACAGAGAUGGUUUCAUUGACAAAGAAGAUUUGCAUGAUAUGCUUGCCUCACUGGGGAAAAAUCCAACUGAUGAGUAUCUGGAUGCCAUGAUGAAUGAGGCUCCAGGCCCCAUCAAUUUCACCAUGUUUCUCACCAUGUUUGGUGAGAAGUUAAAUGGCACAGAUCCUGAAGAUGUCAUCCGAAAUGCUUUUGCUUGCUUUGAUGAAGAAGCAACUGGCACCAUCCAGGAGGAUUACCUGAGAGAGCUGCUGACAACCAUGGGAGAUCGGUUUACAGAUGAGGAAGUGGAUGAGCUGUACAGAGAAGCACCCAUUGACAAAAAGGGGAAUUUCAAUUACAUUGAGUUCACACGCAUCCUUAAACAUGGAGCAAAAGACAAGGAUGACUGAAAAGAACUUCAAAUUCCAGCCAAACGUUUCUUGUUGCCACGUGGAGUAUUUCUGAGAUUUUCUCUUAGAGCCUGUUGCAUGCCCUUAGCUUUACAGCUUUUGCCUUUCCUGUUGUAUUUAUUCUCAGCAACUUUGGGCACAUGUAUCUUUAUAAUCAGACUUGAGAUGGGACUUUUUAUUAUUUUCAGAAUAGACAAUAGGGUAAUUUAACUUACCAGGUCCCCCGCCUCUCCCUCCAAAAUAACUGCAGUCCACAGAGUCAGUAUAUUUUUUCAGAGAAAGUUACUCACUCAAUUUUUUCUGAACCAUAAUUAAACUUUAUGAUAAAACACUUA